AACUCUUGAAAGACAAACACUCAUUCUUUCAUUCAAACUAUUUUCUCUUCUGUUUCUGAUUUUCUUCGUUUCAGUUUUUCUUAUCCUCCCUUAUUCUCUCUGUUCCUUUAAUCCCUCUUACUUUCAUUCCACCUCCGUUACUACUUAUAGUCUUCCACUUUCCUCCAGUUACCUCUCCCAUCACAUAUCCUCUCUUUCUAUCUCACCCUCUCUUACCAACCUGAAAUUUUUUCCGCCACCCUUCCUCCACUGUUCGUCCUGCCAACCAACCGAUCGACCAGCCACCCAGCCAUCAAUAAUUUCUUCACCGAAGCAUCAUCUGGCAAUGAUGACUUUCAGUUGAAGUUAUGUUAUGAGGAUAGUCAAUGGAAUUUAAAUCUGGUAACUAUGGAAGGUUUAGCCGACCGUAGGGAGGCACGGCGCCCAAUGAAUUCAUUUUUCAUCUUUUGCAAACGCCAUCGGAGUAUGGUUCGAAGUAAACACCCAAAUUUGGACAACCGCAGCAUAAGUCGCAUUUUGGGUGACCUGUGGGCAAAUCUAGGCAAGGAAGAGAAACAACAAUAUACAGCAACUGCUAAACAGUAUAAGGAUGCUUUUAUGAAAGCCAAUCCAGAUUAUAAGUGGCACAGUUAUGAGAAAUCAAAUUUACUGCUGAAUACAAGUUGUGUUCCUACCUUCAGAGAUGACCAACCACUUCCUGCAUCAAAACCAAAUAUCUCUUCAGAUAUCACCAAUAAAGCCAAUAAAGACUUCAAUAAAGACUGCUUAGCCUGCUAUAGACCCUGCACUACCAACAGCAACAAUAUGAAUUUGUUAAUGAUGGCUAUUGAACAGAAUGCAACUGAAUCAACAUGCAAUCAUUUAUCACAGACCAAUAUCAAGAAGGAGCUUCCAGAAAUCUCUGCUGAUUCCCCUGAUAUGUCUAUGCUAUUGAGCCAAGAGAGCGCUAAAGUUUCCUGGUUAUCUAAAAUCAACCUUCAACCAGAUACUGAAAACUCUGAACUCAGGUUAUGUCAAAACUGGGACUUCAAAAACAAAGAUAUCACUCAAUGCUCUUGUGAACCAUCUACCAACUCAACCCAACACAUUGUAAAGGAAUCACCCCCCCCUAGUACUACUGACAAUACAAGUCCUCAUCAUCAUUGCAAAGACUGUAAUGAAUCUGAUGACAACAAAAAUCAUCAGGGUGAUGCUCGUAUUGAUGUUAAUUGGACUAAAUCUGCUGGUUUGGAAUUUCAGUCAUCCUUUGAAUAUCCAUUGAGGGACAAUAAUAUACCAACACGUAAAUCAAAACGAAGGAACAAAGGAGCCAUUUACAAAAAUCUGAUUGCUAGUGGAGCUCUUCCAGCAUCUCGGGAGCGUCUGGCUGAGAUCCAAACCAUCUACAAAGUUACCUCUGAUGAUAGUAAUGAUGUAUACGACUAUCACCAACACCAACCACAUCGGUCAUGUGAACAAACAGGCCGCAAACUGCAACGUACUAUGUCAGAAUCAGAUUCACAGCUAGACAAACGUUACAAAACUGGAGAUUUUGAUCUUGAAGCCAGAAUUGCAACACUUCCAGCAUGUUCAAUGGAUUCAUUGGGAAGAUCUCGUAAGAACUCUGGUAAACAGAGAAUAUACAGUGAAAGUUCCCGUCAGACAAUCAUGAGUUGUUCAACUCCCACAAUCAGGACAGAUAUGCUUCUGGCUCCACCACAUCGACGUAGACAACCUAUUUAUCCUCCCAUUGUUGGAAGUCGGAAAAGGAAGCAACCUCGAGAUGGAAUCAUGCGAAUUGUACCCCUUUCUAAAGAAUACAAACAUCCCUUAGCUAAUGUCAUGAAGAUUCCACUUGCUACAUUCUAUGUACACCCAUCUAUGAAAUCAUACCAAGAUCUACAGCUAAACAAGAAAUCUGAUAGUCAUGAUGCGGUGACCUCUGAAUCUGAAGGCAAAGAUGAGGAUUGUUAUAUUGCAAGUGCUGCUACUCCAAAUGUUGCAAAUGGUGAAGAAAAUGUCACAGCUGCACAGGCAUUGACAAUUGAUAUAAAAUGCACUGAGGGGUCUGAAACAUUGAAAUAUAGUGAGAAUUUACAACCAUUAUCUACUGCUGCCACAUGUACCAAGACAGGUGGUGGAAUACUGACAACAUCAAAUUUAGUGACUCAGUCACGCUUGACUUUCCAUUCAAAUCAUAUUCCACUUGCUACAAGCAGGAGCCUAACGAGCAAUAAUUCCAACCACUGCUGCAGUGCUACCUAUAAUAAUAGUGAUGAUAAUAAUAAUAAAAAUAAUAAUAGCAACAUAAACAACAGUUCUAACAUUAGCUACACUGCUACAUGUAAUAACAACUAUAAUAAUAACAACAAUUUUAACUGCAGUUACAAUGCUAGCUACAUUAAAAACAACAGCAUUUCAGCUAAUAGCUGCAAUGCUGGCUAUAACAACAAUAGCAAUAAUAACAACUAUAAAAUUACUUUUAACAACAAUAAUAAUGAUAACAUCAACAACAAAAACAGCUGCUUUGCAGUUGAUGCCAGUUCAGUGAAUAUAGUUACACACAUGGAUAAUACUAAAUGUUCCGGUGAUAAUAAAGAAAAACCAACCUGUCCAGGUCUGGAAGUGAACCAGAAUUUACAUGUUACUGGUGAACUGAAGGUGACUGUUGAAGAUCAGUCCUUGAAGCGAGCUAAACUGGGUGAAAAUCCAGACUUCAAAAUCUGGAUUUCAAAUCUUGCAGAAGCUGCUGAAAGGUCCGGACAGAUUCCUGUUUGCUAAUCAACAAUAUUUACAUAACAUAAAAUCAAAUUUUGUGUGCCUGAGAGAAUGUUUUAGAGUGUGUGUAUGUGUGUUUUAUUGUCUUUCUUUUCUAACUAUUCUACUCACCCAUCAGAUUUUUAUCAUUCCUAAUGGGUGCUUAUAUUUGAAAUGCAUAAUUGGAAAUGCAUAUUGUUUUGUUUUUGGAUUUUUUUUUAAUUUAUGAAGAUGUGCAGAAAUACUUUGCACACAUACAGAUGUCCUCUCUCUUUCUCUUACACACAUACACACACACACAUACAUUCAAUCUUUCUUUUGCACACAUUCUCUCUUACUCUUACAUACAAACAUCCAACCUUAUCUCAUCACCUGUAAUCAAGUAGUAAAUCUACAUUCUAACUUGUUUUCUACAUACAAAUUGCUAAACUACAGAACUCUUUCACUUCAACUUUUGAUAUUUCUAAAGUUGUACAGAAAUAUUUCAUACACGUACAAAUAAUCUAUCUCUUUCUUAUACAAAGUCUCUCACUCAAUUGUCUGUCUUGAAAAAAAAAACUGAGAAAAGGAAUCUAUUAACAAUAUAUUUUGCUAAAAUUACAAACAGUUUUCGUGUAUACACCAAUUCAUUAUUCUGAUAUGCCUCACUGAUAAACUCCAUCCAUAGAAUUUAUAUCACAUA